AUGUCUUUUGCGUCACAACUCGGAGCUCUAACGCAUGAGCUGCUCCAAGUGCUGUUGCCAUCUUCCUCUCAGAGCGAGUCUCGGAAACUGGACAAGCUGCGCGAUGUCGCGUUGAGAAGGCUCAAGUGCCAUACGUAUCUCCAAGCAAACCCCUUUGAGGUGGAAAAGGCCUUGGAUGGACUCGAUGAGCGCUUCCGCGUGAACAACCGUGAUGACCUCGCCGACGCCUUGCUUGCGCGCUUGCAUGCGCUCAAGAACCUCGCGCCCAAAUCUCAAUCUCUCCCGGAUAUCCUGCUUUUUCUUCUGGAGCUUUCCGACCAGCCAACGUUCAAAUCCAGGCUCAGUGACCUAGACUCGUUGAAGCAGACAGACGUCGAACCGCCUCCGACUCUACGCUGGGAAGACAUAGCCAAGGAGGAUGGCUGGGAAGAGGACGACUUGUUGUGGAGAUCCGUCGACUACAGCGAUGACUCCGACGACGAGGCGUUUGAGCAAGGCUCCGCCGGCAACUCGGAGGCUACUUCCAUGCUCGACGAGGCACAGCACACCAUGUACAGUGCACAUUCGCACAUCGUUCACCCAGAAGACCAAGGUUCAUUCGAGCUGGUGCGGUCGGCUCAAAGUUGGCGGAGCGCAGCCUCCUCCGACGAAUCACUGCGGCAGCAACCGAGGAAGGUCGCAGUGCCCGAAAUGCAGGUUGUUCGAGAUGUUUUAUUCAUGCUGCAGGGCCUCGACUGCACGCUCUUUGAACGAGACUUUACUGCCGUCCCGUCAUUUCAGCUGGAAAAUAUGCAAUGGGAUACUUUCCGGGCGAUGAUGCAGGGUUUUGCGGACUAUGGGAAACACCUCGGCACCCUUCGCUCCUUCGUGGCGGAACGUCUGGAUGUCCCUCACCUGCAAGCUCUGCAGGACUGCAUAGCCGAUCGGCUGCGCAAACUGGAGUCUCGCAUCUCCGAGCUGCAGGCAGCGCUUGGGGCACCUCGAGGCGAAUACGUGCUGAGCGUGAUCAAGAUCAAGGCGGAUCUCACAGCGUGCCUGGAGCCGUUCUGCACCCUGGCAGACAUUGUCUCGUCAAUCGAAGCCGAACCACAGCCGACACCCUUUCGUUAUCUGGAACUGAUCUUUGACGAGACCUGUCUUGCGCAGCUCACCGGAAAUUCCCAGGUGUACGAGUUCCUCGGUCGCAUAUUUUCCGACUGUUUCCGGGUCUACCUGCGACCGAUACGACUGUGGAUGGAUCAAGGAAAGCUGCUGUCAGCGAGCGACCUAUUUUUCGUUGCCGAGACAGCCUCGACCACGCCGCUGCACAGCACCUGGAAGGACGGAUACAAGCUGCGCGAAACUGCGGACGGAACUCUGCACAGCCCCGCGUUUCUUCGCGCGGCCGUCAGCAACAUCUACAACGCUGGAAAGAACGUCGUCGUGUUGAAGCUGCUGGGCAAGCAUGAUGCGGCCAUUGCCCGCAAGCAGAAAAUCGAGCCAUCGCUGGACUACGAAGCCAUCUGCGCACCUGGCCAAGAGCUUGUGCCGUUUUCGGAACUCUUUGACAUUGCAUUCGAUCGUUGGAUCCAAAGCAAGUAUCGUGAGACAUCGAGGACUCUGAAGGAAUGCCUCUUCCAAGACUGGUCUCUGAUGUCCGUCUUGGACUCGCUUCACAAGAUAUAUUUCAUGUCGGAUGGUUCGUCGGCGGCGGCGUUUGCCGAGAGCCUCUUCCCCAAGCUGGACGAGCUCGGGGCUGGCUGGUUGGAUCGCUACGCGCUCACGAUGGCAGCUCAGGACAGCUUCGCAUCCAUAAUGGACCCUGGCCGUCUCGCAGUACGCGUCGAAGCCGCUUUGCCGCCCCCGGGCCCGACGCAAGCACGCGACUCGGUAAGGGCAGCGCUCAGCGGCAUCAAGAUGGACUACAGGCUGCCCUGGCCGUUGCGGAUGACCCUGACAGACGCCAGCCUCGAGCACUACCAGUCCCUCUUUACGUUUCAGCUGCAGCUCAAACGCGCCGCCCACGCCCUCGGCAGGCCCAGGAUUCUGGACAACUACUGGACAGACCGCGACAACCGGGGCGCCGCAGACGCAUUUUACUCUGCACGGAGCACGCUCCUGUGGUUCUGCUCCACGGUGCAGACGUACCUGACCACGCUCGUCCUGGCCCCCGCUGUCGCUCAGCUGCGUCGAGACAUGGUCGCCGCAAACGACAUGGACGAGAUGAUUUGCACGCACGACAGAGCGCUCAAGGCAAUGGUGGACCAAGCGUGUCUGGGGCGCAGACUGGCCCCGAUCCGCGACAGCAUCCUAGACGUGCUGGACCUGGCGCUCAAGCUGGAGCGUACUCCAAGCGGGGCGACCGAUACCCGAAGCGAUGGCGCCACGGGCACGAGGCGCGAGCAGCGCUGCUUGAGAGAUAUCAAGGAGGAAGCCGAGGGCCAGAUACGCUUCACACGAGAGGGCCUACGUAGCGUUGCGCGUGCGACGAGCGACGCGCAAUCCGCCAAGUGGGACAUGCUCGCGGACAUGCUUCAAGCAGGCUACCCGAACGAAUGA